UAGCUCGCACAGCUUGGACGUGUGUGUAUCUUUAUGUGUGUGAGGAGCAGUUACCUCCAUAGGGAGAGUGUCGCUAACCACUGGAUUGUUAAAACGACAAGCAAAAGACAUCCACGGGAGGAAACCAACACGCGGAUUCGCUCUCGAGGAUCAGUUUUUGUAUCCACAACACCACCACCACCCCGCGGGACAGGUUGAAGUGGUGCAGCUGGUCCAGGAGCGAGCUUUAUCAUGCAUUCAGACUGCAGGCUGCUAUGGGCAGAGCGGUAAUGGUGGGCAGGGAACCGACAGGGGCCGGGGUUCUCGUCCUGUCGAUUCUCAUCAUUCUCACCGCGGAGGGCUGUCGAGCGCAGAAAGGUGAUGGCUGUGGCCCCAGUGUACUUGGCCCAAGCAGCGGGACUCUGUCCUCUCUGGGUUACCCGGGGACAUAUCCCAACAACACGGUGUGCGAGUGGGAGAUCAGCGUGCCCCGCGGCAACAGGGUCCACUUUCGCUUCGCCGAGCUGGACAUCGAAGACAGCAACUGCCAGGUCAACUACCUCCGCCUCUACAACGGCAUUGGACCCGAGAGGAGCGGGAUUGUCAAGUACUGCGGGUUACGUGUGAAGGUCAAAGAGCUGAUUGAGUCCACUGGAAACCAGGUCACUGUCCAGUUCAUGAGUGGGACCCAUCACACCGGCCGUGGAUUCUACCUGUCCUACUCCACCACCGAACAAACAGAUCUAAUCACCUGCCUGGACAAAGGGACUGAUUUCCCCGAGGCGGAGUUCAGUAAAUACUGUCCGGCCGGCUGCUUGACAUCCACCGAGGAGAUUUCUGGAACGAUACCUAAUGGAUACAGAGAGUCCUCUCCUGUGUGCGUGGCAGCCGUCCAUGCAGGCGUGGUGUCCAACGCCGCGGGGGGGAGGAUCAACGUGGUCAGCAGCAAAGGCAUCCCUCACUACGAGGCCACACUGGCUAACAAUGUCACUUCUACUGGAGGAACGUUGUCCAACAGCCUCUUCACCUUCAGGACCAACGGCUGCUAUGGAACGCUCGGUUUAGAGUCCAGCGGUGUGGCGGACACUCAGCUGUCUGCUUCGUCUGUGUGGGAGUGGAACAACAUCCUCGGUCAGGACAGCGUGUGGGCGCCAUCGGGGGCGCGGCUUAAAAGGGCGGGGCUGCCCUGGGCAUCUUCUCAGAUGGACCAGCAGCAGUGGCUGCAGGUCGACCUCAAGAGGGAGAAGAGGAUCACAGGUAUCACCACCACUGGCUCCACCCUAAGAGAAUACCAGUACUACGUUUCAGCAUACCGGCUCCUGUACAGUAAUGACGGCCAGCAGUGGUUCAUCUACGGGGAAGCUGAUUCUUCACAAGACAAGAUUUUCCAAGGCAACACCAACUACCUGCACGAGGUGAGGAAUAACUUCAUUCCCCCAAUUGAGGCCCGGUUUGUGAGGAUAAAUCCAACCCUGUGGCACCAAAGAAUCGCGCUCAAAUUGGAGCUGCUUGGCUGCCAAAAUACAAAUACAGGUUGGUUUUGUAGCUCAACAAAUGAUCCAGUGAAAAUAGAAUUAGAAGCUCCUGCUCAACUCCAAAUUCUCUUGUUUUUAGUGAGGCCGGGGCCAAGGAUGUUUCCCCCCUCUCGUCGUACUCCACCUCCAGCCGGUACAAAACGACCCCCCCACCUUGGCGGAACCACACACACCCCAGACAUUAGAAACACCACUAUGCCUCCGCACACUGGCAAAGAUGCGGCACUGGCAGCAGUUCUGGUACCCGUGUUGGUCAUGGUUCUGACCGCCCUAAUCUUAAUAGUGGUUUGUGCUUGGCACUGGAGGAGCAGGAAAAAGAGUUCUGAAGGAGCAUAUGACCUCCCUCACUGGGACCGCACAGACUGGUGGAAGAGCAUGAAGCAGCUGCUGCCCUCUAAGAUGGUAGAGACGGAGGAUUUGGUUCGGUACAGCAGCAGUGAGGUGGGCCGGCUUUCGGGGAGAGGCGCUGUACCCAGACUGCAUGCUGAGCCCGCAGAAUAUGCUCAGCCCCUGGUGAGCGGCGUUACGACGUUAGGUGCCCGGUCGACCUUUAAACCAGACGAGGGGCCUGACCCGGGAUACUCCGAUCCCGACCUGUACGAUGCACCCAUCUCGCCAGACGUGUACCACGCCUACGCAGAGCCCUUGCCAGCCUCGGGAUCCGAAUACGCCACGCCCAUUGUGAUCGACAUGGGCUGCCACCCGUCGGGGGGCUCCUCUCUCAACCAGCCCCCCGCAGUGUGUGGUUUCAUGGGUGCACGGACAGACGGCGGCCACUCGGGGCGGUCGGCUUACGACACGCCCAAAAAUGCCACUGGACAGGUCACGCCCACCGAGGAUCUGACCUAUCAGGUACCUCAGAGUAGCACUCAGAAGCCAACAGGAAAGAGCUGAAGAGUCUGGAUGCACAUGGCCUUAAUCUGGCCCCCCUCCGACCUCACUGCCAACCCAACAGACAGAGAUAGAGGGUUGUUAGCGGAGAAGUGAACCUGUGAGCCCUGGAGCCUGGGCUCGAGUCUUGAAUGAACACUACCUUAGCUUCAGAUUCAUCUGGAGAUGUCUGUAUUGCCUAAAUGUUUCUGCAUGGCCACAUUCUGCUCGUGUAGUGCCAUUACAGUCCUAUCACUGAAACCACAAAGAUGAAUGUGUUUGUGCCAGGUGUGAGCGGCGUCGAUGGGGGAGGGGCGUGGAUGAAAAGGAGAAAGCCGACUACUGUUAAAGACUUUGUCCCUGUUCUGUGAUCGUAGUAGUUGCAUUCUGUGAAACUGUGAUUUCCAUUGUUCUUCUGUUACAUGCUGAACUUAAUGUACCUGAUGAGUAACAUUCAUCAAAUCUAAAGGGUCCUCUUAGUGAAUGAACUGCAUGUUGCAUUAAGUGUCCCACAUCCACGGUGAAAGAAUUCCUCCUAGUUUUCCACGGUACGUCUUUUGUUUAAAAAGCAUGACUUGAAAUUGUGUAUAGUUCUAGUAAUCCCAUUACUGCAAAACCUGUUUAAACUCUCAGAUGAUUUACUGAUAUUUAUUUUUUAUUUCACAUCCUGCUGAUGAGAAACUUUGUUAAAAAAUAGCCCGUCACUGAUUAGACGUCCAAGAAUUGUGGUUACUGAGUAGGUUUUAAUUCUUAAAUUAACCUUGUCAGAUGUUGUAUGUUAACUUGAAAAGGCUAAUCGGGAAGAUUAAUCCAAUGAGGUUCACAAAGUGAAGCUACUCUUUGUCAUAUGAAAGACCAAAUGUUGCCUUUUUCUGUGUAUAUGCAAUGUUAUUCUCAACAGAACCACCUGUUACGAUUGUGCCAAUAAGCGCAAGUUUAGCCAAACCAACGA